AUGGGAGUGUAUAAAAUUCCAGCAGGGGUAAUUGAUGAUAUUCAUGCCAAGAUGUCACGUUUCUGGUGGGGUCAGGAACAAGACAAGAAGCGAGUGCAUUGGAAGAGCUGGAAAGACCUUUGUACUCUUAAGUGCCUUGGGGGUAUGGGUUUUAGAGAUUUGAAGGUGUUCAACGAUGCCCUCCUUGGUCGGCAAGCUUGGUGGCUUACGUGUAACCAAGAUUCUUUAUUGAAUAAGGUUCUCAGUGCUAAGUACUAUGAGGGAAAGAGAUUUGUUGAUGCUCAUUUAGGUGUCGGAGGUAGUUAUUCGUGGCGUAGUAUCUGGUCUUUGAAGGCCUUAUUUAAAGAGGGACUGAUUUGGAGAAUAGGGAAUGGAUCGUCAGUGGACAUUUGGAGCAAGCCUUGGGUUGACAACGGGGACAACCAUUUUAUUAGCACUCCAAUUACAGACGAAGUUCGAGUAUUGAGUGAUUUAAUCGAUCACAACUCUUGUGAGUGGGAUGUUCAGUGUAUCGAAAGUAUUUUCAAUGAUAGAGUAUUCGUAUCUGUAUAG